UGUUAUAUCUCACUAUAAACAAUGUUAGCCUCUCUGAACACGACAUUUUCAGGGUCAAGUCCAAACGGGCCUCUCCUGUCAUGCAGUUGCUUGUGCUUAUGAUUCAUUUUCUAGUCCCAGAGUUGUCUUAUGUCAUGAUUUUUAAAAAGCUUUCCCGUUUGUCAUUUACAAUUACAGGAUGACCCCCUACUCUCCACCGACCACCUCACUCCUCUCUCUGACAAUGGAUUAGUGCUUACAUGGAAAACAAGCUGCUGGCACACGUGUCUAAUCUGGCCAUGAAACCUUAUUGUGUUGUGCGCUCUGAAGAACCGCUGGAGACCACGCCAGAGCAGAGCGGACUUCUGACAAGACACACGCCAGCACACAAACAUCCAGCAUGAAAAUAAGACCCCCGGAGUAUCCUGCGCCCAACCAGACAUAGUCUAAAUGGAAUCUGGGCUUGGAAGAAGCAAAGACAACUGCAUUCAUCAGCUGAACUUUUUGGAGGGUGUUCCUUUUCCCUUAUAUGGCAACAGAGCAGGGAAAUCAUUUGAAUUAGUCUGGUUUCUGUUGCAUGCCUGUCUGGUUUUAGUGCUGACUGAGUUCCAUCUGGUAUGUUUCUGUCUCUGCUGUGUGCGUGUGUGAGUGUGUGGGUGCCGCGUGUGAGGCUUGAUUUGUUUGUUUUGCCAUUCUUGGUUCUUCUUUUCCUGUUGUUUGCAUGCGGGGCUUUUGUUUUGGGACAAGAGGAGGGCUUGUGUUUGUGGUUAAGCUAGAGGCACAGUUGCUGCCUCAGGGGUGGCUGCUACAUUCAGACUCCGCACCUCUUGCUGUUUUUUCCUCUACCUCCUUCUCUCUCCCUUCCCCACACCGCUGUGAUGGCCCGUGUUUGUUGGAGCAACACACCCACCUGGGUGCCGCUGCCCGUAACCAAAGACUGAACCUGGGUCUCUCUACGCACGGAAAAAGUAGACUGGAGCGUCUGCUGAGGAGCAAGCCGUUGUUGGAAUGGACUAUUCACGCGACCCGCUGGAUGUUUCUUCUUUCUGCCUUCACCAUAACAGGAUGUGUGACCCAGGAGAAACCAUCAGGAACCCAGGAAGUGAAUGCUGAUAGGGUUGUUUGACACUUUGCUCCUGACGAAAAGGACCAUGGGAACAUUUGCAACAGUGAAGUGGUUUGAGCGGUAGACCACCAGUGCGAUGCCAUCUGAGCAAGUCUGACAUUUGCAUCAAACUAGUUCAUCACCUCAUGCGGAUUAUUUUUCGGAACAUAACUCUCAGUAUUGAUUGUCAUGGCUAUGGCAUCAUGGUACCAUCGUGACAUCAGCCGUGUGCAUGCAGAGGACCUGCUGGCACGGGCAGGGAGGGAUGGCAGCUACCUAGUGAGAGACAGUGAGUCUGUGCCGGGAGCCUAUGCAUUGUGCCUACUGUUCCAACGUCAUGUUCACACCUAUCGUAUUCUCCCUGAUGCAGAUGGUCUUCUGGCAGUCCAGACAACACAAGGGGUGCAGGUGAAUUGUUUCCGGACGCUGGAGGACUUAGUGUCGGGGUACCAGCAUCCGCACAAAGGCCUGGUCAUUCCUCUGCUCUACCCUGUUCCCCGAGAUGCAGACACCGGGGAUGAGAGCUCAGAUGAUGAGAAACCUCCUCCUGCUCCAGCCUCUGUCAGCACUGUGCCAUUCACAGGACCCACAAAACCAGCCCCUCAUGCCCUGUUCCUGGAUAAGCUGCAAGAGCUGAACACAUCAAACACUGCAGGUGAGGUGAUCGGCCUGCUCAAUGACUACCUCUUCAGCGAGCUGCCUCUCGACAUUGAGAAUGUGCAUAAAGGGGCAACAAACAUGUGCCGCCUCAAGCGAACUCUGGGUGCUGCCUGCCAAGGGCUAAACAGUGAGAUUGACUUGACCCUUUCAAGUUUGGAAACCCUGGCCAAAGUCUUCGACCAUCCUACCUGCUCUCUGGCACCCUCUAAGGCACAGGGUCCAGAGAUGGAGAUAGACAACUUGUUGUGUAAGAUCACAGCUUUGGUCAGUCUUCUCUCUUCUUUGGAGAAAAAGGUACUGAAAGCAUUGCAAGAUGCCGUGACCAAUCACAAUCUGGCAGCGCAGCCUAGCCCACCAACCACUGAACCAACACCCGCCAGCGUAACACCUGUAAAGCACACCUCCAGACAGCUGCCUGUUCACUCCUUUCAGGUGAAGAUGUUGAGGUACGGCAGACAAACCGUUUCGGUGGAUGUGGAUACAGGAGUGGUGCUUUUUGACAAGAAAUCUGGUUCAUUUAGCAUAGAGAGGGUCUCAUAUGAGAGAAUUCUUCAGAUUGUCAAGUUCCAUGGUAGUCCAGCCAAAGUACGCAUGGUGGUCGACAGCCACCAUAACGCGCCGCGCGAGAUGACGUUUGAGAGUGCACGGAAAUGCGACUCCUUCUGCCAACUCCUCCAGCUGAUGAAAACCAGGCACUCGAAGCGGAGUGAACCUGAUGUGAUCUCUGUUUUUGUUGGCACCUGGAACAUGGGUGGUUCCCCGCCACCUCGAAGCCUGCAGUCGUGGGUGACGUGCUGCGGUUUGGGACACACCCCUGAUGAGUCGAUCGCCUUGCUCCCUCACGACAUCUACGCCGUGGGGACUCAGGAAAACCCUCAGGGGGAGAAAGAGUGGACGGAACAUAUCAAAGCAACCCUGCGCAGCUAUACUCGUAUUGACUUCAAACAAGUGGCAGUGCAGUCCCUGUGGAAUAUGAGGCUGGCAGUGUUUGUCAAGCCAGAGCUUGAGAGUCGCAUCAGCCUUGUGAACACAGCCAGCGUGAAGACUGGCUUGGGGAAUACGUUGGGAAACAAGGGGGCGGUUGGAGUGUCCUUCCACUUCAAUGGAACAUCAUUUGGUUUUGUUAAUUGCCACCUGACGUCUGGAAGUGAGAAAGUCCUGAGGAGGAACCAGAACUUUUUGGACAUCCUCAGGCUGCUUUCUCUGGGCGACAAACAGCUCGGCGCCUUUGACAUCAGCCUGCGUUUCACCCAUCUGUUCUGGUGUGGAGACCUCAACUACAGGCUUGACUUGGACGUACAGGAUAUCCUGAAACAUGUAUCCAAGAGGGAAUUCGAGGAGCUCAUGUGUGCAGACCAGCUGACCCGAGAAAGACACAAACGAAAGGCCUUUCUCAAUUUCAAGGAAGAGAAGAUUGCUUUUCCACCCACCUACCGUUAUGAACGGGGCUCCAGAGACUGCUACCUCUGGGAAAAGUACAAGUCUUCAGGGGUGCGAGUCAAUGUUCCAUCAUGGUGUGAUAGGAUUCUGUGGAGGUCCUACCCAGAGACACACAUACUCUGCACUGCAUAUGGAUGCACUGAUGACAUCUUCACAAGUGACCACUCGCCUGUUUUCGCCACCUUCCAAGUAGGAGUGACGUCGCGGUUCAGCUCCAAAACAGAUUCAAAUUCCGGCAUGGAGAAGGCCUGGAUUGAGCUCGAAGGCAUCGAGGCCAUUGUGAAGACAGCAAGCAAAGCAAAGUUCUUCAUUGAAUUCUCUUCGUCGUGCCUUGAAGAGACACGACGCUCGAGCGAGAAUGACUCACAGAGCUGUGAUGUUCCUGGAUUUCUCAAACUGGGCUGGUCCUACAAACAGCUGCCAAAGCUCCUUCCAGUUAUGUCUGACAUGGAGUAUCUUAAGGACCAGCACCUGCUGUUGUCUGUGAAGUCAUGCGAUGGCUUUGAGUCAUACGGUGAAUGCUGCGUGGCUCUGCACGCACUCACUGGUGCAUCAGAACAAUUUGAGACAUUUUUGAGUCACCGAGGUGAGGAGAUGGGCUCUAUACGUGGACGGGUCAGAAUCCAUGUACCUAAAGACAGGCGGGGAACAAGGGAGAAAGUCUAUGAGUGGUUCUGCUAUGAGAAAGAUGAUAAAGUUCUCACAAGGGCUCACAUGUCUGCAAUGACACGGAUCCCAGUAACCAGGUCCUCUGCAGUCCCUCUCAAACUAACACCGAGCAGCUACACCAACCCAGCCUACUUCAUCUUUGAAGGUGUGUCAGUGCCGCGCAAGGUGGAGGAGGCUCUCCCCCCGAGAAGAGUCCCCCAAGUAAUCUGGUCUGGGACUGAGGCCUUGCAGCUUCCUAAAGUCUCAGGGCGUCAGGGGUUUGACCGGAGACCCACCCGAAGAUCGGACUUCACAGAGAUUGAAAUUCCAGCCAUCUUGCCUCAGUACACUUCAACAAAUGAGCUCCAUACACCGCAAAGCAACUCCUCCUAUCAGCUUUUCCCUGCCAAAAGCCAGUCUCCCAUACCCCCGCCCUCAAGUAACGCCAUCUCACAGUACCAGGAACAGACCUCACAACUCAGAGAAAAGUACCACAGUAGAAGUGUUGUCCAGGACUCCAUACAGCCUGAAGGUAAUGUGAGGAACUUGUAUAUGAACCACUCAGAAAUCAUCAAGGAAAAAGCCCGAUGGGAUCAACACCAGCUGCUUCUAGAAAGGAACAGUCGUGUCAAAGCAUCCAAAGCGCCAACGUCGGCUUUACCGUACACCCCUUCUCACUCGAGACACUGUCAGUCCUCUGCUUCCUGGUUGGUGGAGCUGCAGCCCCCUGGACCUACGGGGGACAACUCACUCACUGCUUUGCAAAUUGCCAAAUCCCUCAGCGAAGUUGACUUCUUCCCCGCAGAGCAGCAGGGCCCAUCCCUACACAACCAGAGGCCAAAUUACAGAAACGGUCCCUCCAUGCAUGGAGAUAGAGGCUACGGCAGGGAGAAAGAGGUGUCUGUCCUCCAAGGUGCACCAGAAACUGUACGGGAGCUUCUUAGCGCUCUGGGUCUUCAGAAAUACACCCUGGGACUUAGCCUCAAUGGCUGGGAUGAUCUGGACUACUUCAGUGGCAUCACUGAGGCAGAUCUGUGUGCUGCCGGAGUGACAAACCCUUCCCAUCGACGCAGGAUCCUUGAAAACCUGCCCAGGAAUUGGAACUGACACAGAGCGAUGAAAAGCAUUGACGGUACAAAGGCCUGUAAUCUGCUCAUUUAGAACUGGAAGAACUGCUAGAGCUGUCACAUCAGCUGGAUAUUACCACGACCCUGCCAUAUUUUCAUUUACUCAAUCAAUGCUGCAACAAUAGUUGGUCAGUGUCAACAAAGAGCAGAGAACAUAAUGCAGGAAGUGUGUCCACAGCACAGCUUGCUUUAUUCAUCUAUCCGUCUCAAAAGAUAAAAAAAAAAAAAAAAAAAAAAGCGGUAGGUGAUGUGAACCAAAGCCUUGACAUGCAUCCCUAGUUACUGACAUGUAUAGAAAAAAAAUGGAUCGUGGUGUCAGUGCCUCAUGGAUUUUUUUUGUUUUUAAUGAUUUUUUAAUGACUAUAAAGAUGUAGUUCUUCAAUUUGCAGUGUUCGCUCAAGGCCAGUGUUUGCCUUCCACCUUCGUGCCUUCUACAGUGUUCCUCCAUUACGCCGUCAUUAUUGAGUCUGGACCAGAGCUUUUAAAAACCCUCUGUUAAACCAUUUGAGCAUAAAAUCCAUGCAUAUCUACUGGAAGAUUGCCUGAAAGCUGGUAUAGAAAGACGUGCCAUAUGUCAUUGUGUUUACCGUCUCUUACCGUCACUGUCGUGUCACUUAAUCGGUACCGCUGUGCAGGGUUAAUGCAUCGUUUAUAAAACGCCUAAUGCAGCUCUUGAUCGUCACAGAGCAAACACAAGUUUCUCUUCAUGCUGUGGGGCAGUGUCAAAAAAAAUAAAUCUCAUCUGUAUAUUUCUAAUCUCCAUCUUGCUGCUUGUAUAUUUGCUUGAUGCCGCAUACCUAAUGGUCCAGUGCUGCAAUGCAUUCAGGUGAUUGUUGAGAAAGGAUACAUCUCCAAUAUGAGUAAAGAAUUUCUGAAACCAUUGUGUUAUCUUUACUAAAAGAAAGAUUCAAAACUUGAAAGCAAUGCAUUCCAAAUAGAUGCUGCUUCAGUGUAUGUGAAAACUGUGAGAGACACCCUCACAUCCCAGCCCUGUAGGGAACGAGGCUUAUAGCUAAUGCCAUGGUAUACUGUAUGUAUAAAGAAGUCUAUAAAGUAGUUUUUAGUACCAGUA